AUGAACGUAGCACAAAGAUCGCAGAAGCAAAAAGAAAUUCGAGAAACGAAAGAUCUGAUCUGAUUGUCAUCAUUUAUUUACCCUGUACUGUAUAUACCAGAUGUCAUGUCAUGUCAUGUCAUGUUUGUCUAGUUUAUCAUACUGAGCGCAAUCUGACGCGUUAUCUUCUUUUGAUCUUUCUAGCUCCUCUUUUCUCUCUUUUCUAUAUAUUUCUAUAUAUUUUUCGAUGGUUGUACAGAACACAUGGAGGAGAGAGAGAAGGCUAGUCGUCUGAUAAAGUGAAGUCAUUAGAGCAUCCUUUGGUGCAUUCUGAACAAGAUGAAAGAAGGAUGGAUAGAUGGGAAAUGAAAAAAGAAAAAGAAAUCAGCUAUUCAUACAUCUUUUUAUUCCAUGUCAUAUCAUAGUCAUAGGCUUGAGAGUGAUGCUCAAUACUAUACAUGUAUAUGUUAUAUCUGUAUAUUUCUAUACAACAUGUCGCUAGAAUAGUGCAAGAGUUUGUCCAGCAGACUUUGUUGUAUUUCCAAAUCGGAUCACUUUGUUGUCCCCUGUGAGCCUCCCCCUGUCUAAAUUUGUCCUACUGGGUUUCACUGCUUCGAUCGCAUUUCUUUCUUUUCGUUCUUUCUUCUUUCUGCUAUUCUGCUCUCUCACAUGGACAAUGCUAUUUCUACACACUCGUCUUUUCUACGCUACGCACAGACACAUUCUCUCCUUUCCUUCCUUUAUUCUUUCAACCACGUUCAUCUCUAACGAUUUUUUCAAUAGCAAUGGCGCUUUAUUUUUAUUUUUUUUCAGUAGCAAAGCAAUAGCGCUUCAUUCUUUCAGAUCAGCGUUAUGUUAAAGUACAUAUUAUGCUGAUGACCGCUCCUUGUUUGCUUGGUCUUGGUCUUGGUCUUGGUCUUAAUCUUGGUAUUGAGGCUGAUACUGUUGAUGGUCCUGCUACCAUCAUCAAGGUUCACAGCACGUUUAUCACACCAAAGAUCCUAUUCACUACUUCC